AUGCAGAGGAACCCAUUCCACCGUUUUGACAGCAGUGAUGCACACUCCAGCAGCCAGGCGCUGGGCGAGGACCGCUUCUACGUGAACGACCAGAAGAAGCACUUUGAAGUCAAUAAUGCCGCAGACGACGUGGAACACACGAUCGUGGUCGAUUCCAAACAGCGGGACCCCUCCAUCUACCCACAGCCAAACCACUUCAAGGUGUAUCUGAGGAGUCCGCUCACAAACGUAGUGUCAUGCGACCUUCUCUCCGUAGAGUUUCCCAAUGUGCAAUUCGUCGUGUCGCCAUCAAAUCAGGUAUUCGAGUGGACAGAGACCAGAGACGAUGGGGAGGACCAUACUCUCUCCUUCUCGAUCCCCACGGGCCACUACGACGGGCCGACGCUGGCUUUUGAGAUUCUAAGAAUGAUGAACGCCAAGGCCGCAGUGCCUGCGUACGACGUACAGUUUCUGCCUGUCAGGGGGAAGUUCCUCUUCCAGGUUGCACCUAGCACCUUGAGCCGCUUCCGGCUCUCCUUUGGAUCCAACUCGUGUUCUGGACUGCUCGGCUUUGGAGAGGGCACAACGGACUGGAGCAACGAGUAUACCAACACCGGCGUGGAUCCGGACGACCCUACCUACAGCGGCGGCAUCUCCUCGCCCUUCUACUGCAACUUAUUUGGCGACACCUAUGUCUACCUAUCCAGCCCCGAACUCGACUCCAACUUUCACGAGCUCAUGUACAACAGGAGCCUGAGUAACCCCAUCUGCGUGUCCGCGCACACCUCGUCUACCCACCGGGGGGCCCUGUCUGACAGCCCCGUCACAUCCAGCCAGGCGAGGCUGGGGCUGCUCACCACCGCGUCCCUAAAAGGAGCAUCUAAUGAAAGGUCGCGGCACCGCGGCACGCUCAGAAAGGUCAGGUGCGGGCUGGCACAAACCACCGCUGCAACUCCCCGUGCCGUAAUCCCGCAGCAGUCAGCCAGCUGCAGCGCCUCGAGCAGCGAGAGCCGCGGAACCUCUGCCAGGUGCGCAUCCGUCACCCACGGAUCUCGCGCCAGGACCAACGUGCGCAGAGCGCUGACUCCGCCCAGCAGCUCUCUAAAGGCCCCGCAGCCGAGCUUUGCGGGAUCCCCGAGGGCAAAGAAAUAG